UAUGGCAACACACAAAUGCAGUUGGAACAGAACUUGGAACUAUCAGAGUUCAAUAAACAAGUUCUUGGUGUAUUGCCGAAGCUUCCAGGCAGUUUAUACUUUGAUGUAACAUUUGCUAGCUCUUGUGGCUUUGAGCAGACCUCAGAAACCGCACUAUUUGGUUUUCUUGGUGUCCCUCUACACCAUGGCUGGUUGGUUGAUCCCCAGGAUGUUGAAUUGGGCUCCUCAAUACCUAGAAGCUCCUACUCCAAACUUUCAUAUAAUCUUGCUGUGUAUGAAUCAAUUCGAUCCAGCACAAAUUCAGGGCCUCAAAAGCAUGGUGGAUGGAAAGAUGACAUGGUGUAUUCAGCACUUGCGUUCUCUUUAUCAGGAUGA